UUUCUUAAAAGAGGAUAACGAAUCGCUCAUCUCUUCUAUCCAUUUUUCUUCUUUUUUUUAAGAAAACAUUUUUCUCGUUGGAUAGAAUGGGAACGGUGCUAGAUUCGCAUUUCCUGGCUCUCACUGCCAUUGUUACCGUGGUUUACCAGUUCAUAUUCUUCGUAAUCACAGCUCUUUUCAAGAUCGAUCAAGUCACUGACUUUGCAGGUAGCACAAACUUCGUUAUACUUGCUGUACUCACUCUCGUUCUUAACGCCACGUGGCAUUUUCGCCAGGUGGUCUUGACUUUGCUAGUUGUGGUAUGGGGUCUUCGCUUGGGAACUUUUCUUCUAAUGAGGAUCUUGCAAUGGGGUGAAGAUCGACGCUUUGACGAAAUGCGUCAAAACUUGGUGAAACUAAUAGUUUUCUGGACUUUUCAGGCCGUGUGGGUUUGGACCGUGAGCUUACCUCUAACCGUCGUUAACGCAAGUGAUGGUGGAGGAUCUCUUACACCCGCAGAUGUAAUCGGUUGGACAAUGUGGUUUUUCGGUUUCUUGAUUGAAGCUGCAGCUGAUCAACAGAAGCUCUCUUUUAAAAACGCUCCAGAAAAUAGAGGUAAAUGGUGUGAUGCUGGUCUGUGGAGGUAUUCAAGACAUCCAAACUACUUUGGUGAGAUGUUACUGUGGUGGGGAGUCUUUGUGGCUGCAUCGCCUGUUCUAGAAGGUGCUGAGUAUCUUGUCAUAUUUGGACCAGUCUUUCUCACUUUGUUACUUCUAUUCGUCAGCGGCAUACCAUUACUUGAGGCAUCGGCUGACAAAAAGCAUGGCCACUUGGGAGCUUACCGGUUCUAUAAGAAGACAACAAGUCCUCUGGUUCUUUUGCCGAGAGGAGUGUAUGGGAACUUACCACGAUGGUGCAAGGAAGUCUUUCUCUUCGAGCUUCCGUUUUACAGCAGCAAUCUCCCUGAAGAAGCUGAUAUUUAGUAAGGAUCUCUGUUCAGUUUCAGUUUCAUCUCUUUUGUAUCUUGUUAUAGUCUGUGUGUCAAAUUAGAAGAGCCUCCAAGAGAGUAAUCAGCUGAAAGAUUACUCUAAUAUGUGAUUUUUUUUAAUUCUGAGUUUCUGUUAUUACAACACUCUCUAGAUGAGAUUGUGUAAGAAAAGAUUGCUUGUGAGAAACUGAAUUUGAUUGCGUGUAAAUAAAGCAUCCGAAGCAAACAAAUUAACCAAAC